AUGAAGAAGAAGACAAAUGUUAAACAUUGUGAAGGCAAUAAUGACGUCUCAAAGCACAGCAAGAGUUUGAAUUCAGAUGAUAAACAAGGAUUUGAAGAAGAAAAAGAAACUCAAACAUCGUCGUUAAAACCGACAGUGAUAACGAUGAUAUUAAACGAUCAUCGGAAUUCAUCUCUAGCCUUCGUCUACGUAUUGUCUCACCUCCAAGUUGUUGAUGCCAGAAGAAAAAACAAAAAAAAACCAGUUUCAUUUAGUUAA